AGGUUCAUUUGUUGUUUUUUUCAAGCAGUUUCUUUUCAUUACUUCAUCAAGAUUAAGCUACAGAAAGUUAAUAGAGAAUUAGGGCACCUGCAUAUUUUCAUCAUGUUGGUUUCAUAAGUUGCAGACGAUAUCAGAUAAGGAUGAAGGGCUGUGCGUCUAAAAUGUUUUGGACACAGAGAUCUGUGUUUAUACUGUACACAUAUGCAGCAAUUGCAAUGAUGUCAUUUGUAGCUGGGCAGUCAAAUAGUAGCAGUGGAGACUUUUCAGAGGACGUCAAGUGUACUGUAAGGUAUGAUUUGGCAGCUGGUGUUGCAAAAAAUCUCUUUAAAAAUGCUUCUUGCGUAACGAAAAAUCCUGGAUACUACCAAGUCUGCAAAAUGGUUUUGACAAUUUGGAACUAUGACUUGCCUCCAUACGUUUACACUUUGCAUAAUGGAACAUUGGAUGGAAUUCUGCCAGCCAUAUUCAAAAUUUUGGUGAAAACUUGUUGCUUUGCUUGCACGCAGCUGAAAUAUCAAAAACCGUUCAAGACCAUGGAUCAGUGGAUAUCGAACUUUUACAACAAAUCCCAUUACCAAAUUUUAAUGCCAGCCAUUGGAACGAAAGAUGCUGCUUUUUACAUUGGAAAGCCAUAUGUGAAACUCAUGAAUAACCCUGGUGUGGCAUACCUUCAAAUAGAUGACUCGCAAGAGCAAAUGCUGGACAGACUCUUCCAUUCGCUUGGAGACACAUUGCCAUUGCUUGCAAUGAUUGUGCUAUUGACCAUCGAGGGUGGUGUCAUCAUUUGGCUUCUGGAUACAAGACAAAACGCAGAGGAAUUCCCUCGGUCAUUCAUAAAAGGUUCUCUUGAAGGCUGCUGGUGGGCUUACGUUUCCAUGACAACUGUCGGGUACGGAGACAAGUCCCCGCGUUCAUUUGCUGGUAGAGCGUUUGGUGUGCUGUGGAUAACCUUGGGAAUUGUCAUUUCAGGGUUUUUCACAGCUUCUAUUACUUCGACUUUAACAUCAGCAGCAAUAAGUGGGAAGACAAGCAUAAAUGGCAAAAAUGUUGGAUUUUUGGAAAAGAUUACAUAUGGUUUUGAGCAGAACAUCAUCUACAGGGAAGGCGGAAAAGCAAUUGGGUAUCGAAAAGUGUCUGACCUGAUAACAUCGUUGAGUAGAGGAAAAAUUGACGGCAUCUUGAUGGAUAGACUAAUUUUGAGAUACCACUGGAAACAGUUUCAGGACUCUGGUAUCAAGCUGGCAGUAAAAAAAGAUGUUGCAAGCACAGACAUCAGCUUUGGCAUGAUAUUUUCAGAUAAAAGUUUGGGUUACUGGGCAGAUUUUUUGAGAUACUUUCAAGAAGAAAAUGAGGACACCCAGAGUCGUAUAAUGUUUGAUGCAAUAGAGAGCAUGAAAGAGAAGCUUCCAGACGAGCCUCCGGAAACAUUGGGUUUCGAAAAUGGAAUAUUUGGAUCAGCUGUGAUUUCCAAGAAUGUACUAAUAACACUGUUUGGCUGCUGCGCCGUAACGGUUUUGAUCGGCCUCGCAGCUACAGUUGUUUAUAAGCUAUACAGACAAAAGAAAAGAAAACAAGGAACAGUUCAAAACACUGAACUCGCAGUAUUUAAAAAUGGCCGAUUGGAAGAUAGAUUUGAAGACUUUUCAAAGACUGUCGAGAGAGCCGUUCUUAAAGAUUUAAGAGAACAAAUUGAGCAGCUACGAGAAGACAUACUUGAAAAACAAUUAGAUGUUACAUUCAGAAAAUAAAUUUGCCAAAGUGAACAAGUAAUAUUAUUGAGUCAGGGCUUUGCACAUUUGCUUGAUUGUCUGCACAUAAACAACGUAGUUGGUAACAAUAUGACUUUGACAAAAUUAGAAUUAAAGUUUUCUAGGUGCAUAAUUUAUUUCUCAAACAUUCUUUUGAAUGAGACUAAUGAAUGUAAAAAUGGAUUCUAUACUAAUCAUGUUACUAUUUAUAGUAUAUAGUUACUUUUUA